AUGAAGGGUCCUUCGAAUGGUUCUGGAGGUGCAGCACCUUUCAUGACCGCGUGGAAUGUCGAGUCCCAGGUUCACCUCAUUGUUGGAGCUAGUCCCUUGGCUGCUGCGAGAUGCACGAAGAGUCUCGAGGCUGGAGCCAAGCCCGUCGUUAUUGCGCCAGAGGCCGCAGAUAUCCAUUUCACCCUAGCUGAACACAUUGCCAAUGGCUCUGUGCAGCUGUUGCGUCGGGAUUUUCAAGAUGAUGACUUGACCACCUUGGGUAGAGAGGAGGUUGACUCGGUUGUGGAUGCUGUCUUUGUCACAUCGGGUGGCAACAAUGAGCUGAAUACCCAUAUUUCGAAGCUGUGCCGAAGGCUCCGAAUCCCUGUAAAUGUAGCUGAUGCUCCUGCUCUGUGCUCGUUCACUUUACUCUCUACUUAUUCGGACGGGCCGCUCCAUAUUGGUAUUACGACAUCCGGUCGUGGGUGCAAGCUUGCGUCCCGCCUGCGGAGAGAAAUUGCUGCUUUCCUUCCCGCAGAUCUUGGAUCUGCCAUUGACCGGCUUGGUGCUAUGCGAUGCAGGCUUUGGGAAGAAGACCAUGCCGCUGGAUUGACCGAUGCCGCCCUGGAAGGCGAAGACGACGAUGCAACUGGCCAGAAACACACUUUCAACACCCUAGUCACAGAAGAUGAUGUCGCGGCAGCAAAGACACGGAGAACGCGCUGGCUAUCACAGAUCUGUGAAUACUGGCCCCUUAGGAAGCUCGUGUCUAUCAACGACGCCGAUAUUGACCAAAUCCUACAAGCCUAUUCGUCUGGUAACGCGGCCACCCCAGAGACAAACGAAACCAAUGGAAUCUCCAGGAAGGGUAAAAUCAUCCUCGCUGGCUCUGGUCCAGGUCACCCCGAUCUCCUUACACGCGCUACAUACAAUGCAAUUCAAAACGCCGAUAUCAUUCUUGCCGAUAAGCUCGUCCCGGCCCCAGUCCUGGAUUUGAUUCCUCGCAGGACAGAAGUCCACAUUGCCCGGAAGUUCCCCGGAAACGCCGACCAGGCCCAGGAAGAAUUUCUACAGAUGGGUCUCGCUUCUCUACGGAAGGGACAGACCGUUCUUCGACUUAAGCAAGGAGACCCAUAUCUGUAUGGUCGUGGCGCAGAAGAAUUCGAGUUCUUCCGCGCAGAGGGCUAUAUCCCCGUCGUCCUUCCUGGUAUCACCAGCGCCAUGAGCGCUUCCCUAUUCGCCGAUAUCCCAGCGACCCACCGCGGCGUCUCAGAUCAGGUUCUGGUCUGUACUGGAACUGGUCGGAAGGGGGCUGCACCGCAACCUCCAGCUUACGUGCCUACUCAGACAGUCGUUUUCUUGAUGUCCCUCCACCGACUGUCUGCUCUUAUCGAUUCUCUGACUACAUACCCUGCAGAGGACUCAACACAAUCACGGGCCCUUUGGCCCAAGGAGACGCCUUGCGCUAUUGUUGAGCGCGCAUCUUGUCCCGAUCAACGGGUCGUUCGUUCGACCUUGGAACAUAUCUGUCAAGCGUUUGAAGCAGCUGGUUCGCGGCCACCUGGUUUGUUGGUGGUUGGUGCUAGCUGCCAUGUUUUGCAUAGCCCGAAUGGGCAAAAAUGGGCUAUUGAGGAAGGAUUCAGUGGCCUGGAAGGGUUGAAUGGAGAGGUGGAUGCUGUCACAGUUGCGCUGAAUGGGGCUGAGAAGUGA